AAAUGUAGUAAAAUUAAAAAUAAUAGAAAAAAUUCAACAAGAAUUAAAGGAUAUAAAAAAAAAUCAUCAAAAAAUGUUGAUGGAAUAUAUACCAUUGAUUUGACUGAUGAUGAAGUAAUAAAAUGUUCAACACGUAAAGUUAAAACUCCAAAAAUUAGUGUACCAAAAAAGGAAAAGAAAAAUAUUGUUAAAAAAAAAGACAACAAAUCAACAAUACGUAAACGAAAAUUAAUAAUUAAUCAUAAUACUGAUGAUAAAUCUGGAAAUAAGUCUUUGGAAAAAAAUUUAUCAGAUGGAAAAGAAAAUGGUGAGCUUGUUGAAGAACAAUUGAAUGAUUCUGGUGAUGAAAUUUUACCAAAAAAGCAAAGAAAAUUCGAAGAAGCCUCAAGUAGUCAAUUAUCAGAUGAAAAAAAUGAGGGAAAUAGUAAUGAGAUUGUUGAAGAAGAGCUGGAUUAUUCUUAUGAUGAAAUUUCAUCACCAAAGUCAACCAAAUCUCAAGAAAAAAAUUCAAAUAAGCAAAUGAAUAAAAAUAAUGAGCUUUCUGAAAGUGAAUCAGAUGGUUCUUUUGAUAAAAUUUCAUUACCAAAGCGAAAAAAAUUAAAGAAAAGCUCAAAUUUUAAAUCAUCAAAUAAGAAAAAGAGUCAGUCAAAUAAAAAAAAAAUUAGUGAACUCGUUGAAGAAGAAUUGGAUUAUUCUGGUGAUGAAAUUCCAUCACCAAAGAAAAAAAAAUCAAAUGAAAAAAAUAAUAAAUCAAAGCCUCAUCAUCAAGAAGAAGAUGAAGAAGGUGGAACAUCAGACAAUACUAUGUCAUUAUUAAAUUUCAAUUAUCAUGAUGAAGUAGAUUAUGAUUAUGAUGACAUAAUUGAAUCAGAAAAAAUAACUAAAAAAAAACCACAAAAUGAAAAAAGAAAACGUUCAACAAAAAUAAUUGAAGAACCAAUUCCUGAUGAACAAUUAAACGAUGAAUAUUAUGAUCCAAAUUAUACAUCAACUUAUUUACAAUUAAUGGAUAUAUUUCCAGAUGCUGAUGAAGAUUCAAUGAAAGAAAAAGUAAAAUCAAUAUACAGAAAUCAAAGAUUAAUAACUGCAUUUGUAACUAAAAAUCUUGAAGAACCAGUAUAUAAAAAAAAAUUCAUUGAAAAAUCACAACAAUUAAAAACAAGAACAAAACCAAAAAAAUUAACACCAGAUAUAUUAUAUACAACUGCAUUUAAUGUUAAAAAUUUUUUAAAAUUAUAUCCACGUCCACAUAAACAUUUCGAAAAUCCAAAUAGAAAAUGUGAACCAUCAUGUCUUGCAUUAGAAUUUUUAAAAUCGAAAUUUAAAAAACUUUCUAGAAAUACAAUAGAAAAAAUAUAUGUUGAUUCAAAUCACAAUAUGAGUAUAGCAGCAAAUGUACUAUCAAAAACACCAGUUGAAUUUAAUAUCGAUAUAAAAAGACAUGAAUUUAUAUAUCCAGAUGAAGAUAUUGAAUUUUUACAAGAAUCAGCAUUUAUAAAUUAUCGUGAAGAUAUUAAAAAUGAAUAUAAAAAACGUAAACAAAAAGUAAAUAAAAUAAUAAAUACACACUUGGAAUGUCAAUGUUGUUUUGCUCAAGAACACAUAUCAAAUUGUGCAACAUGUGAAGGUGGUCAUGUAUUUUGUCAUUCAUGUAUAAUAAGUGGUACAAAUACAUAUCUUGGUGAUGGUGAAAGUAAUGUAUAUUGUUUUACUGGUUGUGGAGAACAAAUAAGUACUGCACUACUUGAAGAUAUACUUGAUGAAAAACAAUUUAAAAGACUUAUGAAAAAUAAAGAAUCUGUUGAAUUAUUAGAUGUUCAUGUUGAAGGUACAACACCAUGUCCAUUUUGUAAAAUUGGUAGUAAACAAUCACAAGAUGAUAAAAUAUUUAAAUGUCAAAAUUCUGAUUGUAUGAUUGAAUCUUGUGUUGAUUGCAAAAUGAUUAAUCAUCAACCAGAUCCAUGUAAUUUAACUGAAAUUGCAAAACGUUUAAUUGAAAAUUCAAUGAGUCAAGCAAUCACCAGGGAAUGUCAUAAUUGUCAAAAAAUAUAUAUAAAAGAUUAUGGCUGUAAUAAAAUUACAUGCACAUGUGGUGUAUCAUUGUGUUACUUGUGUAAUAAAAGUAUACGUGGUGAUUCACAUUUUCGUAAAGAAGGAGAAAAAGUUAAACCAAAUGAAACACCAAAAUGUCCAUAUUACUGUGAUGAUGAUUAUUUAAAUGCUCAAACAGUUAGAAAAGUUGGAGAAGAAGUUAAAAAAAAGCUACUGGCUAUCAAUCCAAAACUUGAUAUUGAUAUUGAUCAUUUAUUACCAUCAAUACCAGCACCAACUGUUGAUGGACCACAUCAACUUAUUCCAGACAACACAGAUAUUGCUGAUGUCUAUGUUCAGCAAAUUGUUCAAAAAGAAAAUUUUUUUUCAAAAAAAAUAAAUGACAAUAAGUCAACAUGA